GCUCGCUCGAUGAUCCUCUUGAACACGCGACUGAAUGGAGAGUUGUGGGCAGGAGAGUGCGAAGGCGCUGCUUGCUAUGGGUUGGACCUCUGGAAACCGUUUUAUCAGGCACAACUAGUAUAUUGGACAUUUUCUUUAGGGUCAUCAGUUCGUCCAUUCUUUUGAUAGAAUUAUUUGUCCAAUAUGGGAUUUGUUAUGAAUAAUGCUGCAACAGCUUUAGUGUGUAAAAGGUGGAGUAGUCAGAUAAGCUAGCUAGCUAGCUAGCAAGUUUGCUAGCUGAGUAACUUGCUUCAACGUUUAAUGUCAGCUCUGUUAAAUACUAGCUAGCCAACAAAAUCGCCCGUUCGCGUGUUUUGUAACAAGUUGACUUCAUACAUUGACAAGUGGUCUUCCCUAGGUGCAAUGAAGACCGACUUAAAAAGCAUCACCCUGGGGGUGGAGGGCAUGACAUGUGGGUCCUGUGUCCAGUCCAUUGAGCAGCAAAUCGGGGGUCGUCCCGGGGUCAUCCACAUUCAGGUGUCCCUAGAGCUAAAGAGUGCCACAGUGGUGUUUGACCAAGCCUCACAGAGCCCCGAGUCCCUAGCAGAAGCCAUCGAUGACAUGGGUUUCGAGUGCAUCCCAGCGGCCGAUGCUGAAGCAGCAUCCGUUGCCACAGAGACACAGUUUUUUCCCAUCACGGGCAUUCCGGUGGACUUGCUCCAGCAGGCACUGACGGCGCUGUCGCUGCUCCGGGGAGUCCUGCGUGCCGAGGAGGCCAAGGAAGAUUUGGGUAUCUCGGUCACUUACGUCCCGUCCCUCGUGGGCACGGAGCAGCUCGGAGGGGUGCUGAGCACGCUGGCAGCACCAGCACCGGUGCCGGCUACCACGCCCAGCCCGAACUCUGUGACCACCUCACCCCUGCCAACCCUCAGCCCCCCUCCGGAGGGGCCGGCACGCACCCCGGGAGCGGAGCUGGUGAGGAUGCGAGUGGAAGGCAUGGUGUGCCUCUCCUGCACCACCACCAUUGAAGGGAAGAUCGGCAAACUGAAAGGGGUCGAGAAGAUCAAAGUUUCUUUGGAGUCCCAAGAGGCUACAGUACUUUACCUGCCAUAUCUCGUCACAGUGGAUGAGAUUGUCAGUCAGAUUGGCGUAGUUGGGUUCAAGGCCUUUGUCAAGUCAAAGCCUCGGCCACUGCAGCUGUCCGCCACUGAAGUGGAACGCUUGUUGAACGCCUCCAUACCUGAGGGGGGUGCUGUGCCCCAGUCUGCUGAGGUCACGACCCUGCUGAAGGUGACGGGCAUGCACUGCCAGUCCUGCGUGACCAACAUUCAGGAUAACAUCAGCAAGCUGCCCGGCGUCAGCUCAGUGGUGGUCUCCCUGGAAACGGAAAAGGCCACCAUACAGCAUGACCCCAGAGUGGUCACCGUGACGGCCCUGCAACGAGCCAUCGAGGCCCUUCCGCCCGGACAGUUCCGAACUCAGGGGGUCAAUGGAGACCUGUGGCCGAGCACCUCCACCUCCCCACUGCCCCCUACCCCACUGUCUCCACUGGAGAUCAGCCUUAUCCAGCCCCAUCGCCCGCUCUCGUCCCCGGACACUAGUUUCCUUCAGCCCCUGGUGGCUGUGGCGGGGAUCCACAUUGAGGGCAUGACCUGCAACUCCUGCGUGCAGAGCAUUGAGGGUAUGAUCUCCCAGAGGAGGGGGGUGAGAUCGGCCAAGGUGGAGCUGGCCGAUCACCACGGCACAUUUGAAUACGACCCUCUGGUGACCUCGCCAGAAGAGAUAAGGGAAGCCAUUGAGGACAUGGGCUUUGAUGCCUUCUUGCCAGAAAGCAAUUCCCUGGUGCCCAAAUCAGUCAGCCCUCCCUCCGUGCGCAGCCAGGCCCUGUCUCCGACCUCUGGGAGCGAGAGGGAGACGGAGGAGGAUUCAGAACUGGGGCUCGCAAACGGAACCGUCCAGACUUACUCUAAAUGUUUCAUCCAGGUCGGGGGAAUGACCUGUGCAUCCUGCGUGUGCAACAUCGAAAGGAACCUCAAAAAUGAACAUGGAGUGCAUUCGGUGCUGGUGGCUCUGAUGGCCAGCAAGGCAGAGGUGCGCUACAACCCCAGCGUCAUCGACCCGCUGAAGGUAGCGGAGUGCAUCAGGGAACUGGGCUUCACCGCCUCAGUGAUGGAGGACUACGACGGCUCGGACGGCUCACUGGAGUUGGUGGUGCGAGGCAUGACGUGUGCCUCCUGCGUGCACAAGAUCGAGUCCAGCCUCAUGAAACAGAAGGGUGUCGUCUAUGCCUCCGUUGCCCUGGCAACCAACAAAGCCCACAUCAAGUACGACCCAGAGGUGACAGGACCUCGUGAUCUCAUCAGGCUGAUUGAGAAUUUGGGUUUUGAAGCAUCACUUGUGAAGAGGGACCGCUCAGGCAAUCACCUGGAUCACAGUCAGGAAAUAUACCAGUGGAGGAGGUCGUUCCUUGUGAGCCUGGUGUUCUGCGUGCCCGUCAUGGGCAUGAUGAUCUACAUGAUCGUGGUGGACCAGCAGAUCAGCUCCGCGCACCACCACAACGGCACCAUGGAGGAGCGGCAGGCCUACCAUCAACACAUGAUCCUGGAGCGCCAACUGCUGCCCGGUCUCUCCAUCAUGAACCUCAUCUCCUUCCUGUUUUGUGUGCCUGUGCAGUUCAUCGGUGGGCGAUACUUCUACAUCCAGGCCUAUAAAGCCCUGAAGCACAAAACAGCUAACAUGGAUGUCCUCAUCGUCCUGGCAACCUCCAUAGCCUUCACCUACUCUCUGGUCAUCCUGGUGGUUGCCAUGGUGGAGCAGGCAACGGUCAACCCCAUCACUUUCUUCGACACGCCCCCCAUGCUUUUUGUGUUCAUUUCCCUGGGCAGGUGGCUGGAACAGAUCGCCAAGAGUAAGACCUCAGAGGCCCUGUCUAAGCUGAUGUCCUUGCAGGCUACCGAAGCCACGGUAGUGACUCUGAAUGGGGACAUGUCAGUGCUCAGUGAGGAGCAGGUGGACGUGGAGCUGGUGCAGAGGGGGGACGUGGUGAAGGUGGUUCCCGGGGGGAAGUUCCCUGUGGACGGGCGUGUCAUCGAAGGCCACUCCAUGGCCGAUGAGUCACUCAUCACAGGAGAGGCCAUGCCUGUGACUAAGAAGCCUGGCAGCACUGUGAUCGCCGGCUCAAUCAACCAGAACGGCUCUCUGAUGAUCAAGGCCACUCACGUGGGGACGGACACCACACUGUCUCAGAUUGUCAAGCUGGUGGAGGAGGCCCAGACGUCAAAGGCUCCAAUUCAACAAUUUGCAGAUAAGAUCAGUGGGUAUUUCGUCCCCUUCAUAGUGGGUGUCUCCCUCCUCACUCUGAUGGCCUGGAUUCUGAUUGGGUUUGUGGACUUUCCUCUGGUGGAGAAGUACUUCCCUGGCUACAACAAGAGCAUCUCUCGGGCGGAGGUGGUGGUGCGUUUUGCCUUCCAGGCCUCCAUCACGGUGCUGUGCAUCGCCUGCCCUUGCUCCCUGGGCCUGGCCACCCCCACGGCCGUCAUGGUGGGCACAGGGGUGGGCGCCCAGAACGGCAUCCUCAUCAAGGGUGGAGAGCCGCUGGAGAUGGCACACAAGAUCCAGACGGUGGUGUUCGAUAAGACGGGCACCAUCACGUACGGCGCACCCAAGGUGGUACAGAUGCGCAUGGUUGUAGAGGGGAACAAGAUGCCUCGCUCCCGCCUGCUGGCCAUCGUGGGAACUGCGGAGAACCACAGCGAGCACCCGCUGGGCGCGGCCAUCACACGCUACUGCAAACAGGAGCUCGGCACGGAGUCCUUGGGCACCUGCACGGACUUCCAGUCGGUGCCAGGCUGCGGCAUCCGCUGCCAGGUGAGCAACACGGAGGGCCUGCUGCGGCGUGAGGACAGCGACGGUGACUCUGAGGAGAACCAGCGCAACGCCGUGCUGGUGCAGAUCAGCGACACCCACGGGAGAGGAGCCGACAGCUCACACCCCCUCAUCAUGGACCCUCAGCCACUCACACUGGUGCAGUCAGCCUCCUACUCGGUUCUGCUGGGGAACCGGGAAUGGAUGCGCAGGAACGCAUUACAGCUGCGGGCAGAUGUAGAUGAAGCCAUGACUGAGCACGAGCGUCGGGGAUGCACUGUCGUGCUGGUUGCUGUGGACGGUGUUCUCUGUGCCACGGUGGCUAUUGCGGACACGGUGAAGCCCGAGGCAGAGCUGGCGGUGCAGGCCCUCACCAGUAUGGGGCUGGAUGUGGUGCUGAUGACCGGAGACAACAGCAGGACGGCCCGCGCCAUUGCUGCACAGGUGGGCAUCAGGAAAGUGUUUGCGGAGGUGCUGCCCUCCCAUAAAGUGGCCAAGGUGGAGCAGUUGCAGCAGGCGGGCAAGGUUGUGGCCAUGGUGGGCGAUGGCGUCAAUGACUCCCCGGCCCUGGCCAUGGCAGACGUGGGCAUCGCCAUAGGAACGGGCACCGACGUGGCGAUAGAGGCGGCAGACGUGGUGCUGAUCAGAAAUGACCUCCUUGACGUGGUGGCGAGCAUAGAUCUGUCGAAGAAGACGGUGCAGCGGAUCCGCAUCAACUUUGUAUUUGCCCUCAUCUACAAUCUGGUUGGAAUCCCUAUUGCGGCUGGUGUGUUCAUGCCCAUCGGCCUGGUGCUGCAGCCCUGGAUGGGCUCUGCUGCCAUGGCAGCCUCCUCAGUUUCCGUGGUGCUCUCCUCCCUCCUACUCAAAUGUUACAAUAAGCCGAGCGUUGAGAAGCUGGAGAAGCUGGUGGGUGGGCGGCGGCGUUCGGGCAGCCUGUCGGACGUGAGCGUGCACAUCGGCAUGGGCGAGCUGCGACGGUCCUCGCCCAAGCUCAGCCUGCUCGACCGCUUCGUCAACUACAGCCGCGCCUCCAUCAACUCCCUGCGCUCCGACAAGCUCUCGCUCAACGGUAUGGCGCUGGCCGAGCCCGACAAACACUCCCUGCUGGUGGGAGACGCACACUGCGAGGAGGAGAUGGUGUGAGGAGAAAAGGAGGAGGAGCGUCUUGGAUAUAAAGAGAGCGAGAGAGAGAGUGUGUGAGUGAGUGAGGGGAGAUAAACGUACAUCCCUGUAUCGUGUAAAGUGGCGUUAGGGGGUAACUUGGGCAACUUCGCCGCUCUUUCUUGCCAUUGCAGUGCCUAAGCUGUGGGAGUGUUUACACACGUGUGUAGUCUGUAAGGGUAUUUUGUUUGUUUUUGUUUCGUAUGUUUGUUGUUGACUGCCUCACGCUCUCACUGAAGGCUCAGUAAAUCACCUGUGUGUGUGUCUCAAGUUCAGGCAGGAGUUUGAGAUUGUUGCUACAUAGGUGUCUGUAUUUCAAUGGCCAGUUUUAUAUCAGAGGAAACAAGACAAUGGAAGAUUGAGGAAGGACUGUUAAAAUAACUGACAAAACAGAGUGGCAACUUAUUUUGAUUUUUUAGAGGGGCAUACUAUACCUUCAAAGACAAUCUGAAAGAUUUUUCCAAAGACAAUUUUAAACAAUGCCCUCUCAGAAAUUAAAGAGAAAAAUGGUCAGAGGAUUUAUUAGUUUCCCCUUAAAAGGAAAUGUGACUUACAUUCAUAAUAUUGCGUAUUAUGAUUUUAAUACAAAGAAUAUUUAUACAGCAUAAUUUAAAAUGUUACCAUGUCACGAACUUUAUAUUUUAUACAUUUUUUUUUUCCUGUGAUACUAAGGAAUGUAGAAAUGCACCAUCAUUAUUUAUCAAUAUAUAUUUUCCAAAUGAAAGCUGACUGCUCUGUGUUAUUGUAAAAUAGGCCUUACUAUAGAACUCACAAUAGUACAGUUCUACACAGAACUCCUGUGCAGUCACAAAAACAUUAAUACCAGUCACAGACUAUCCUGGUUCAGUUGGGGGGGGAAAAAACACAUUCCAAAGAUUCCAAAGCAGUUUGGCCCCCAGGCAAUGGAAACUGUGAACCUCAUCCUUGAAGACAGGUGAAGACUACCAGGUUAGAGAAUCCAGGUCCACUAGGUCCAUAGUAGACCCAGUCUCACAACAGACUGGACCAGACAAAGAGUACCCAUGGCGACAGACAGCAGAAUAUAUCCUGUAAUGUAUGCACAGUGUUUUGUUGUGUAACUUUCAAGUCUGUGUCUUCUGGUGUGAAGGUCAAUAAGUGAAUGUGAACAUGUUUUGCUGUGAAUCAAAGAACAUUGACACAGUGAUGAUGGAUGUGGUUUUUUUUUCUCAGCUUAAUGCUUGUAAGUGACACAUCCUCAAGUCUGCUGAAAUGCUGUUUGCUGCCUGAAAGUUUAGUGACUUUCUCUCUGAAGUCUUCUUAUCUCAUGGUGUAUUCUAUGUGUCUUCUCAUUUGUUUCCCCAGUGAUUCUCACUAAAAAUGACAAUUUUUUAAAGGUAAAUAUCCAAUGAUAUUUGCGUCAAAUCAUGGUGGGAAAAAAACCCAACCUAAUCUAAAUUCUCUUUAUGAUACAUUUGUUUAUGUUAAGUACAACCAAACUUGUUAUUGGUCUCUCACACACAUACAUACACACACACACACACUCUCGCACACUCGCACGCACACACAAUUUCCUUGCCCCUACUAAGGAGCUUGGCACUUUCCUCAGGGGUGAAGAGGCCUUAAAACAUUGUGCAUAUAUUUUAGAAAUGACCACCACUCUUUGCAGUCUUUGUCCGUCUAAUGCUCAGAUAUACUCUAAGGAAUCCACACUUUUGAGCGCUGCUUGUCACACACACACACACAGAUGAAGGAACACAGUUUAAGAUGUAUAGUCAUAGCAUUUAUUUUUAUUACUCCAAUCCACGUCCAAGUAGUGUUAAGAGUGUGCAAAGAAGCUUUGGGUCGGUUCAAGACACCAGGCAAUUUUACAUUUCUUUUUUGAGCUGCACUUUUUAUUACAUUCUUCGCAUGUUGUAAUAUUUAUUGCUGGUCUUGCUGUGUGAAUUGAGGAAAUUGUAUUGAAAAGUAUUUGGCCAGGUUAUACACAGUGUCUAGGUUUCUCAGUUAUACAGUACAUACGCUGCAGUACUUUAUCUACUUUUGUUGUAAAUAUAUUGCAUAUUAUGCCAUUGGAAUAAACAAACUUUCAUUGGCA